AUGGAUUCUCCCGAGAAUCCAUCCACAGCCCCCCAACCCACCAGCCCCGAAGUCACGCCCACCCAACUCAGCCCGUAUGAGUUGGAGGUGCACAACCUGACCGCAAAGAUAUUCCUCAACCGGCCCGUCGAGGAUCUCGUUCCCGUGCGGUAUCUACGCAUGGCGGACAGAUUCUCAACUGUCCAACGCAGGGCUUGGAUCUUCCGCACGGGCACUGAAGACGCCCGCACCGUCGACCUGGAAGAGUGGUCCAUAGUCGACAUCCGCUACAGAGGCGUCUUCAAAACCCUCGCCAAAGUCCCCUGCUUCGACAAGGGACUCUGGGACGGCGGAAGCGAGCUGUGCCGAGUUGAGCUGGACGCGAAGAAGCCGCGCGCGCAGGCGCAGGUUAUCUACGCGCUUAUGAAUGAGAUUGGCGAUAUGUUGGGGAUUAAGAGGUCGAUGAAUGAUGGGAAAGGCUACUUUUACCUCAGACCGCGUCUGCUCUCUACACAGAUGGAGUAUUGGACCGGAUACCGUGAGAAGCAUAAGGACGGGCCCUUUGCGGAGGGGUUUCUGUCGCUAGACUUUGAGGGCGAGAGAUAUCGCGCCCUGCCGAUUCUGCCUGUUUCAGUGACCAUGGAGGAAGAAUCCCUUCUCUCCUGCCUCCAAGGCAGGUUCAAGCUCAUGCUCGGCCAACUGUUGCUUCAUGUUCGACCCCUCCAACCCCCCGGUGACAAGCUGCCCGAUCAAGAGAUUUUUCUUUUGGGCCUGCACGGCUCGAAGCUGCAUAUCAUGCGCGCUUUCUUCCCGGGCCAGAAGAUGUCGAGUCUCUGGUGCAGACGCGAGGUUCCAGGUCCGGCACCGACUCUGCCAUUGACUGCCUCGUCGCCAGCCUCUCCUGCAACGCCUACACCUUCUUCCGCGCACGUGGAGUACUUCACCCCCAAUUCUACGCCAGCCGCUAUCCCCGAAGAAGACGAAGAGGAGGAGGAGGAGGAGGAGGAGGAGGGGGAGAAGGAGCAACAGCUACACCGAGAAGAAGCGGAAGACGGACAGGAACGGGAACAAGAAAGAGGCCGCACUCGGCACCGCAGCAAUAGCACGCGCUUCUACGCACCGCAGAACAUCGAGCGUCUCCAAGAGCAACUCGCUCAAACAACGCUGAGAAGACUCGACAACGAGCCUAACAUGCGGACGUUCCGCGUGCUCGCAACGCGCGAAUACGAACUGUGGCAGAGCGACGAUUUCGCAGCCGCCGUGCAAGCACUCGUAGCCCUGAACCUGUAUCUACUGAGCGGGCAAGCGCGAUGCGGCGCGCUGAUGGAUACAUUCCGGCGACAUCCGUUUCCCAAUCCCGGCGGCGCCACUCCUACUAUGCACGAGGAAGAAGAGGACGAGGACGAGACUGAUGCUGAGGCUGACGAGCGGGUUAAGCGUGAUCUAGAGAUGGAAGUGCUGCGGCUUAGUGAAUUGGAGGAGCGAUUGCAGAGGGAGGAGAAGUACAGGAAGCGUGAGGAUGAGGAGGCUGCUAGGUUGAGGGAGGCUAUGCGGUGGAGUGAUAGUGAUCGCAUCAGUAGUCUGCAUGGGAGUAGGCAGCCCUGGUGGGAUUUUGUGUGGAGAGAUCGCGAGGAGAUGAUUAUGUUGGGGAGGGAGACAGAGAGUGGGAUUGAGACGGAGAUGGAGGAAGGAUUAUCGGGGGAGAGGGAUGGACUUGGGCGUAGGAGUGAUGGUAAUGAGCAGGAGAGCGUGGGUAUGGAUGAGAAUCACUAUGAGCAUGAUGGGGAUCUGGAUGCGGGCGUCGGAGAUGACUGA